CCCACUCAAAAACAUUUUUCACAAAACACACUUUCUUGAAAGAAAAAGAAUCCAUUUUCUUUUCCCCAACAUGGCCAGACCUCAACAGCGUUACCGAGGUGUCCGACAAAGGCAUUGGGGUUCUUGGGUCUCCGAAAUUCGCCGCCCUAUAUUGUUUUGGUGCAGGAAGACUAGGAUAUGGCUUGGUACAUUUGAAACAGCUGAGGAUGCAGCCAGAGCCUAUGAUGAAGCAGCCAGGCUAAUGUGUGGUGCAAGGGCAAGGACAAACUUCCCUUUCAACCCAAAUGUGCCACACUCAUCAUCUUCUAGUUCAAAGCUUCUCUCAGCAACUUUAACUGCAAAACUUCACAGUUGCUACAUGGCUUCUUUGCAAAUAACAAGACAAGCUUUGGAAUGUGAGUCUCAGAGAACACCCUCAGUGCCAAAUGCAACCUCCACAACCACACUAUUUAGCAACUUCAGUGUGAGGAGUGAGCAAACUCCUGCAGUGUUGCCACACAAGAGACCAGAGGAGGAGCAAGAGUCAGAGGCCAACAGGGGUGGGAAAAGGGUUAAAGCUGUGGAAAAUGUUCCUCUACAAUUUAAGCCUCUUGAGGAAGAUCACAUAGAGCAAAUGAUUGAGGAGCUUCUUGAUUAUGGAUCUAUUGAGCUCUGCUCUGUCAUUCCACCCCAGGCCCUCUAAUUGAUGCAUAGGGAAUGAACUCGCAUGGUUUUGAGCUGAAGCUAGAGUCACAAUUGUAUUUGCCUUGCGAUUAACAAAAUGAUGGGUAAAAUGUGACUGAAAUUGCUGCUGUAGCUGUGAAGGCACAAAAAGAGUGGCCACAAUUGCAAUUACAUAACCCAAUUUAAAUCGGACAAAAUUUAGAUGCAGUUUUUUAGGUAUUGUUGAUAUCGUUUUUCGGUCAAAAUUAAAGUUUUAUCUCGGUGAUUGCAUUACAAGUCAACAUAAAUUAAUGAGAUAAAACUUAUGAUUAGAUAAUAACACCAAAAUCACCUAUAAAACUAUAGGUAAGUUUUGUGGUUUAAGAAUAUACCAAUGUCAUAUCUAAGAUAUUGCCAGACAAAAACAUUUGGGCAUUAUUGUGGUGGUUCACAAUUCACAUUAUUCUUAAUUAUUCCCAUAAUAUAACCCAUUUUUCUCAACCUUCUCAUGCUCUUAGCUAGCUGUUCUCAAGUCCAAGAUUUCUUCCUCGUGACCCUUUUAGGGACUGAUUUAUGUUCAGCCAAUCACGUUGUAACUUUGAAAAAGAUUAUGUCAUU